CGCAGUUGGCUACUAACUUGAUCCCCACGCAAAAACAGCCGCAGAACACCCCCCCCACACAAACCCUCGCCCCUUUCCCCUGGAUCUAGGAACACGCAAACGCAGAUAGGGAUCGCUGCCAAGAAAAAAGAAACACAGGGAUGGAUGAACCAGGCGAUACAUACCAAGGUAAACUGUGUUGCCAAGGAUUCUCUGGCAAGAAUGCUUGAUUUCCUCUGUUACAGAACAAAUCCGUGUCUUCUUUUUCUCUCUUCCCUUCUCUUAUGUCACGCAAAUCAGAGUCCCUUGUACGUUCAUCUAGGUCUCCAUACACAGAUCAAAGAAAAAGAGACAGUAUUAUAAACUGAGAAGAACAUGCGAAGGCACAAACUUGUAACUCAGUUGGAUGGAAAAUUUUGAUACAACCAAUGAAACCAGAAAAUCACUGAAACAAAAAAUAAUAACAUUCAAAAUCGCUGAAACCUAGCAGAACCACAGCGUAGAAGACGGUGGGAGGGCGCAGGAAGGCAACAUACCUGUGGUUGAUCGUUCCAACCUUUCAAAGGCCAUUAAUGAAUUUGAUACAAUGGAAAAAACAGGCAAUUUGUGUGGGGAUGGUCAUGGUACCCUGGAUCAUGAGUACACAUCUUUCACUGAGAUGCUGCAGCAACCAGAUGAUGUUGGUUGCAGCCAGUAUCACCAUGAGCCUAUGGGUGAAGAGGUUUUUUACUAUCUAAUCAAUAAUUUGCUUGCCAUAACUUGUACAAAAAAAAAUCUGCUUUCAUUUUUUAAAGAAAAAUCUUUGUUUCCAAACUUCAGAACAGGAUGUUCAUGAUAACCGGGCGAGAUGGGCGUGACAACAGCAUUGAUGAACAAUAAUAUGAGACAGAAAAUGAAUACGCGCAGGACACGCAAGAAAGUGCAGGCACAGUUCAUGUCUCUAUAGCCUCAGAAAAUUUGUCCUGUGUUACAGAUGUGCAUAAACAGCAUAAACAAGCCACACUGGGUGCUCCUGUGGAUACGCGAGAGACUAGAAAAACACCAGAAAUUGAACAGCUUACAAAUGAAGAUAUUGAGAAUUAACUGCAGAAUGAGCUUGUCGUUGCGUCUCAGUCCAGGAAAUCAGAAACGAACACACGCCGCGCCUGGAUAUGUUCUUCUCAAGUCAUGUUGAUGCUUUUGCCUUCUAUAACACAUAUGCCAGUAUUGUUGGAUUUUCUGCGAAGAAAGCUGGGAAUUAUCAUUGCAGGGUGGCUGGCAGUAGCAAGAUUAGAAGAUACACAUACAAGUGCAAUAGGGCAGGUAAGAUUGUGGACAGACUCUUGAACAGAGAAAGCAGAAAAAACAGCAGAAUAGAAUGCAGAAAGCUGGGUUGACUAGUGCUGUGCAGGGAAAAAAAGCAAUCAAUAAGAAUCAUAUAGAGAUAACAGAUUGCCAGGUAAAGAUGGUUGUCACACUGAAAGAAAACAAAUGGGUUGUAACAAGCUUUGAAAUGCAAGACAAUCAUCACCUCAGCCCCCCUGGUGAAGCUAAGUACCUGAGGUCUCACAAACACAUGACGGAAGAAGAGAAGUUGCUGAUCAGAACAUUACACUCAGUGAAGCUUCCUAGUAGGAAGAUAAUGGCUGUUCUUGCUGGUAUGAGAGGUGGUAUAUCUGCAAUGCCAUACACAAAAAAAGAUGUCAGUAACUACAGAACAUCUAUAAGGAAAGAAAGCAACCAGAAUGACAUGAUGAUGGUUAUAGACUACUUUAGAAAAAGGCAAAUGCAAGACCCGCGUUUCUAUUAUGCAUUCAAGGUUGAUGAAGAAGACAAGGUUCAGAACAUUUUUUGGUCUGAUGGGAACUGUAGGAGGUUUUACGGCUUGUAUGGUGACUGCAUUAGUUUUGACACCACAUACAAGACCAACAUGUAUAAUCUCCCAUUUGCACCUUUUGUUGGCAUAACUGGACAUGCACAUAAUUGUCUGUUUGCUUGUGCAAUACUGCAGAAUGAGACAAUAGAGACUUUCACAUGGCUCUUUGAGGAGUUCUUGCUGUGCAUGGCGGGUAAAAAACCACUCACGAUUAUCACAGACCAGGAUGUUGCAAUGAAGCAGGCCAUCCCAGCUGUAUUCCAUGGCACCAAACACAGGAAUUGUCUGUUCCACAUCAAGAAGAAAGCAGAAGAGAAAGCUGCAAGAUGUUUUGCUACUAAACCAACGCUACACAUUGAGUUCAAUGACAUCAUUAACAGAUCGCAAACAGAAGAGGAAUUUGAGACUCUUUGGCCAACAAUGAUCCAGAAGUACAAAGUUGAGAAAGUGAAAUACUUUCAGCACAUGUUUGAGAUUAGGAAGAGUUUUGUCCCUGUCUAUUUCAAGAAGGAUUUUUUCCCAUUUAUACACUCAACAGCUAGAAGUGAAGGCACAAAUGCUAUUUUCAAAGAUAAUGUUGGCUCGACUUAUAGCAUUAUAAGUUUCCUUGGAGAAUACCAAAGAAUAUCAGAAAAUAUAAUGGAGAAAGAGAAGGAACAAGAUUCAGUCACAAGAACGACCAAACCGACAAUGUGGGUAGGAUCAGAACUUGAGCUGCAGGCUGCAAGGAUGUAUAAUAGGACCAUAUUGUAUAGAUUUCAAGCUCAGCUGAAGAUGACCCAGAAGGUUCAUGUUGAAGAGAUAGAAAAAGAUGUGAGAUACGAAGUUCGCAAAUCAAGUAUGCUUGCUGAACUCGAUUUCAGGGAGAGAAAAUUCCUGGUUUUGGUUGACUGGGCAAAUGAAGAUAUAUCUUAUAUUUGUGCUAGGUUCCUCAAAGAUGGCAUACUGUGCUGCCAUGCAUUGAAAGUACUGCUGCACCUUAAUGUUUCGGUGCUGCCACAGAAAUAUUAUAUUGAGAGGUGGAGACCAAAGCAAAGCGAAGAUACGAGAGAUGUGCAAAAUAAUGUGCCGAUGGUCCUGACUGCAGAAAAUAGUCAUUUCAGAUACAAUAUAUUAACAAAAAUGCUGACAGACUUGGCAUCUGAUGCAUCAACAUACAAAGAGACAUAUCAGUACUUGGCUAGCAAAACCAGCAAGAUGCGAACAAAGGUAGCUGACAUCAGAAAACAGGUGGAAGCAAAAAACCCUGAGAAGCAAACUCCUGUAGGGAGUACAGAACACAAUAACACAUCAAAUAACUGUGCCCCCGAGACCAUAUACAAACAGUCUGACGUAGCAAAGUCAAAAGGCCGCCCUAAACUAUCAGGACGGCAGAAGACACUUGUAGAAGAGAUUUUGACAAAGCAACAGAUAACUUGCAGCCAUUGUGGUGAUCAUGAUCAUAACAUCAAGACGUGCAAAAAAUUGCACGUUGAUAAGGAGACGUUAUGCAUGAAGAAUAAUGGGAGGAAGAAUAAGGAAGGUGCAACAGCUGUGUCGAAGCCAGCAAAGAAACAAAGAACUACGGAUGAAGCUGCGCAUGUUGCUUCUGCUGUGCCACGUGAUGCAAAGGGCGGACAAAACGUGAGCAAACCAACAAAGAAGAAGACAAACACAGAAGGGCAAGCCUCUGGGAUAGUAUCUUCCCCAAAUCCUUCGCGCGAAGGCCAAUCACAAAGAAUCCGUAAACCAACACAGAAGGCUCUUGAGAGCAUGCUUGUCCUCACUCCCACCAGGAAGCAUGGGAAACAAGGCUGAGCAGACAUAUGCACAACAAAAAAAAGCGGAAAAAGGACGACAAGAUUUAUGUUGCUGUCUGGGUUAUUGAAUCACUAGUUUUAUCAGAACUCAUUUCCAAUUCUUGUAUCAUUAUGACUGUUAAAAAUUCGUGUUCCUCUACAUUAUGAUUUCGCGUACUAGAAACAAAAAUAUGUAAAAUCGAAA